AGCCUCAGCAAUGCUCCACUAGUGGUUCAUCAGGAGAGUGGGGACCAACUUUCACGUCAAUAUAAAACCAACGGAAGAAUUUAAAGUGUAUUACUUUUCACCCAACUGUUGUACUCGGUUAAUGUGUUGAGAAAAACUGUGCUUGAGGGGGAUUGCAGUGCUGGUGUUAGUGUUCGGUGACUGGGAUUUAUGACUUUUUUGUGUUAAUCUGAGCGACAAUUUCGGAUUAGUAAAAGCUGGCACAGCAAAGACGAUGACUAUGUCAUUAAAGCUUUUCACCUUUGGGAUAUUAACCGGACUGAUUUGGACGGAGAUACGGUGUGAUGCCCCACUUUCGGAUUCGGCGUCUCUGCCUUUAGAGCACCGGGGCGUGUACGGGCCCCCCUUGUCAGGGCCGGGGUACGCGCCCCCGGCGAUUCUGCAAGGGGCUGGGGGCGGCUCCUCGGAUGACCCCUGGCCCUUGGCAACCCCCGACAUGCCCCAGAUCAAGCACCUACAAGUGCAGUGCGAAAAGACUCACAUGCGAGUCAACAUCGAGUUUGACCGGCCGUUUUACGGAAUGAUUUUCUCGAAGGGAUUCUACAGCGACCCGCACUGCGUGCACCUGAAGCCCGGGACCGGGCAUUUGAGUGCGACGUUCGAAAUAUUUCUGAAUAGUUGCGGGAUGUCCUCAUCCGCAAACCACAAUGCGGGCAAUUACGGGGGGCCGACGCCUAGCGGCAGCUACGUCGAGAACACCAUCAUAAUCCAGUACGACCCUUACGUGCAAGAAGUUUGGGACCAAGCGCGCAAAUUGCGCUGCACUUGGUACGAUUUUUACGAAAAGGCGGUCACGUUCCGACCGUUCCAAGUGGAUAUGUUGCACGCGGUCACUGCCAAUUUCCUAGGCGAUAAUUUGCAAUGCUGGAUGCAGAUUCAAGUCGGCAAAGGUCCGUGGGCGUCGGAAGUGUCGGGAAUCGUCAAAAUUGGACAAACCAUGACCAUGGUCUUGGCUAUCAAAGACGACGAAAACAAAUUCGACAUGUUGGUACGCAAUUGCGUGGCGCAUGAUGGAAAACGCGCCCCUAUCCAGCUUGUGGACCAAUACGGUUGUGUCGUACGGCCAAAGAUCAUGAGCAAGUUCCAGAAAAUUAAAAACUUCGGGCCUUCGGCCUCCGUGGUCUCGUUCGCCUAUUUCCAAGCUUUCAAAUUCCCCGAUUCCAUGAACGUGCACUUCCAAUGCGUGAUUCAAGUUUGUCGGUACAAUUGUCCAGAACCCAAAUGUGGAAACCACGGUUUGAGUUUAAGUAGCGAAUACGGGCCUCCACCGCUAGGCAAUUCGCUUGGUAGCGGAGACUUUGGUGGUCACGCUGAAUACGCGUCUCAGUCUUUGUCCGAAUACGGCGUUCCGCCGGCGUUCCCAGACCCUAGACACCCUUCUGGGCCCACCGGAGCGUACUCGGAUAACAACCCUGAUGUUGUUCCAGCCCCACAGUCACAAAUCUCCUCGUCUUCGACGUCAAAUCCGCCGAAUUUGUCGUCACCAGCUCCGCAAAUUUCCGCCCAAAACGGCGGCGACGUCCACUUGCCGCCCCCGCCGCCGCCGGGCCACCACGGAGUGUACAACACAGUGAAGCGGAAAAGCAGUGUUCCGGAGGAGUUUGAAGGGAAUCUCGCGACUCUCGGGGGACGACCGCGUUCGGUUGAAAACAUCCCGGAAUUGCAAGGUGCCAGAAAGAGGCGCAGUCUUGACUCGAUAAACAUUGUAGUUAACCAUGUUUACAAACGAGAAGCUCAAGAAAUGACUGAUGUCAAUACUAGUCGAACGAUUCAAGUCGUAGCUCCCGGUGAUGUCAAUUUUGCGCUGAACCCGUCACAAAGCAACGAAACUGUGGUCAUUCAGUCGGCGUCCUCGUCGGACCCAGAGACAAUUUGCAUGUCUGUUCCCAGUUUUGUGGCUGGGUUAGUUAUGUUGCUCUUGGUACUCAUUGUUGCUAGUUUAGUAGCUGCGUUUUUGUUUGUUCGCGUUCGGGCUAUUGAUCGAAAAGGCAUCGCAACGGUCUUUGCAGGAGCUCGGGGUUAUGAUAACGCCGAGUUUGUGAAAGUGGCUAAUUGACAAUCUGUUUACAAAUCAGCAAAGUACAUUCCGAAGAUUCCAAAGAUGUUCAGGUCAAUCAAGUGAUUGUGCGUAUGAAUCUACCGGCCAAUGUGCGGUCAUUUUUCACCCUCCCUCGCACCCCCUCUCGAGAACUGUUUUCAACAUUACACAUAUUUCGUUAAUUAUUUAUUAUCUCAUUAAACACUUGUGCUCACAAGCGGCGCUCGACGCCGUUGUCAGCAUGACCUACCUAAUGUUUGUUAUUAUUUAUAAUACUUAGGCUAUUUUUUUAUUACUUAGGUUACUUAAGUGUAAUUUAACACUGUAUAAUGUACUACUUGAGAGUAUGAUUGUAAGAUAUUUGUUUGAAAAACAUAUUAAUUAUUUAUUAAUACUUCUAAGUUUAUUUUGCUCGUGUUAGAGCAACUGUUUCCACUGCCCCGAACAUGCUACAUCAACAGGUGCAGAAACUAGUCUCGUAGUUAGAACAUAGUCUUCAUGUAAAUACAUAUUUGUAUCAAAAUACUCAAUAAAAUCAAGCAAAUUGAGAUUAUUAA